UUUUUAUUCUUAUUAUUCCUAAUUGAGUACACAUCUAUAAAAGAAAUAUGUAUAGUAAUCAACCUUUCCAGCAAAAUGCUGGACAGUCUUAUGAGAAUAUGCAUUUUAACAUGUAUUAUCCAAUAACUCAACAACCAUUUGCAUAUGAUACAAAUUACAGCAGGAAUAUGCAUUAUAAUGUUUAUUCAAGCCAUGUAACAUGUGAUAACAGUACAGUUAAUAACGCGACAUCAAUCGAUAGAAUAAGGGCGCGACAAGAAGAUGAAAAGGCCAUUGAACAAUUCCUCCAACAAACUAAAUUGCAAGUUCCUAUCAAAAGCAAACAGAAAGAUCAAUUUAAAAUCGCGACUAUCAAGAGCGCAUUGAUAUCAGCGGUUAAAUUAAAUAAGAAACUUGAGGCAGUUUGCGCAGAACUCAAAGACAAUGUUGAUUUACCAGAAGCGGAAUGGCAGGAGAAGGUCAGCGCAUGCAAUAUUACAAAACGUGAAAUCUCCGAAAUAUUGAAAACUCUAAAAGAAACUGGUUUUAUGAAUAAAGUUAAGCAAGAUCUAAAGAAACGCGAGAAAAAACGCAUGAGAGAACGGCUUAGAAGAGAAAAGUGGAAAAAGGAGAAAUUAAUGAAGGAAGAAAGAAGAACGAGGAUGCAUACAGAAGCUGAUUCAUGGAUUCGAAAAGAACAAGCGGUAAUCGAGCGAGAAAAACAAGAGCAAAGCUUGCGCAAAGAUGCAGAUAUGAUUUUAUCCGACGUUCGUAGCAAGAGAAGCGAUGCACGAAAGUAUCUAGGAAUUUUGCAAGAAUUACAGAACUUACGAAAAGUAAAAGUGAAUAUCGCUCGAGCGAGAGGCGAGAAUUUGCCUUCAGCAGCUGAUGAAGCCUUUAAUAAUUCCAUCACUAAGUUAACAGAACAAUGGACUAUUUUGGAUCGCAACUAUGCAACAGAAGAACAGGAAUUGAAAUUGAUGCUGAAGACAGAUAACGAAAAGAGAAUCGAAAAACAAACGCAAAAUUUAUUUGACGAUUGGGAGAAUGUGUUAUUUGGCACAAAUAUAUUGACUGCUGAGCAAUCUUACAAGGAUGUGAAUAGUUUUAUUAUAAUUCGUACGGCCUGGGAUAAAUUCAUAAGUUCUGAAAACGCUGCAACAACGAUUCCGAUUGGAUGGAUAGUGCCUGAAAAACCAUCUUCUGCUGCUUGGCAAAAAUGUCUCAACAAGGAGACUUCUUGAAAUAAGUGAAUGUGUCAAUAUAAUUUUACUUAACAAAAUAAAAACCAAUUUCCUACGAUAACAUUAUAAA